AUGAAGCCGUUUCGACUCCAGAAUCGUGAUGGACUCAGCAAUCAGUACACCAAUGAGUGGUAUGAAUACGAGCCGGUCAGGCAUUGCACCGCAUCGAAACCGGACUGCGAUUCUCCUUACUACUGGUGUGAUAUGAGGGCUUGGCGUUGUCGAAGCAAGGUAGUUCUUGGCGGCAACUGUACCGGUUUCGAAGGGACGGCAAUUUGUUACAACUCAACCUGCCAAAACAAACGCUGCCAACUUCCACCUCGCCUUCUGCAAUCGAUGCGAAGUCGAAAGUCAGCUGAAUCACCAUCGGGUGACUACGUAUGGACGAAAACGGUGCUCAUCGAUCAGUAUGGAAAAGGUAUUCGAGACGACCUCGCCCAUGUCAAAAUUAUCAAUCAAAUGACCGCCGAGAAUUCCACAGCUUAUCAACAGAGCGAGGUUACCUAUCCGGAAAUGGAUGGUAUUGUCUACCUGCCAGUGCCAAAACCACGUGCCGGAAUGGUUCAGGAGGUUACACUCGAAGCUCGUGACGGUUUCGGGCGCUAUUGCCAGGCUCAUUGUUACAAUACUACAGAAGAACGCUAUCAGGUUUGCCAACCAAAGAUGAAAAUCGGUGUUCGAGCUGAAUCGUCAUCACCUAUUUCGUAUACUCACUCAAUGACAUCUAGAAGGUAUACUCUCUCUUCAUUCGCUUAA